CACGGACACAGCGCCUCAGGCCCCCUAGGUUUGGUGUCCCCUCGGCCCCGAGCAACGAACAAGGUCUAAGUCCAGCAUGAAGCCCCCAGACCGCCCCACCUCGGGCCGCACUGACCGGAUGCUGGGGGCGAUGGGGGGCAUGCUGCGCGCAUGCGCCCUGCCCGAACCUGAGGGGCCCCCCAGCAGGAACCUCCUGAGGCUGGGGGAAAGGGAAACUGAGCCUAAAAGUACGAAGUGGGGUAAGAGAGGGGAGGUAGAAACUGCGAUCUCCGAACCGACUCGGGAGCUUGAGUCCUAUUCCAUUGCUGGCAGUGAAGGCAGUGUCUCUGCUUCCAUUGCCUCUGUCCUGGCCCCCACUUCUGUCCCCAGCUCUGGACUCAGCUCUGGUCCUUGCUCCCCUGGACCCCCAGGGCCUAUCAGUGGCUUGAGGCGGUGGUUGGACCACUCUAGACACUGCCUCAGUGUGGAAACCGAGACAGGCAGUGAGCAGGCAGGAUCAUGUCAGGGAUGGAUUCGAGAGUCAACUCUAGCCUCAGGGGAGGAACUACCAGAAUUGACCUUACUAACUACUUUAUUGGAGGGACCUGGAGACAGGACCCAGGAAAGUACAACUUCCCAGCCUUCUGAGGAGACUCCCACUCAGACUACAGAAAGUGAGGAAGAAAAAAGGAAGAGGGCUUUGGACAGGAGUAUGUAUGUCCUGAGUGAGCUGGUGGAAACAGAGAAAAUGUACGUGGAGGACUUGGGGCAGAUUGUGGAGGGCUACAUGGCAACCAUGACAGCCCAGGGCAUCCCUGAAAAUCUUCGAGGUCGGGACAGGAUUGUAUUUGGGAAUAUUCAGCAGAUCUAUGAAUGGCACAGAGAUUACUUCCUUCAAGAACUACAGAAAUGUCUUCAGGAUCCUGAUUGGCUGGCCCAGCUCUUCAUUAAGCAUGAGAGGAGGCUACACAUGUAUGUUAUUUACUGCCAGAACAAACCCAAGUCUGAACACGUCAUGUCUGAAUUUGGAGAUAGCUACUUUGAGGAGCUCCGUCAGCAGCUUGGUCACCGUCUUCAGCUUAAUGACCUUCUCAUCAAACCUGUACAGAGAAUCAUGCAGUACCAGCUGCUACUCAAGGAUUUCCUCAAAUAUUAUAGCAAAGCCAAGAAGAAUACUGAAGAGCUUGAGCGUGCAGUAGAAGUCAUGUGCUUUGUGCCCAAACGCUGCAAUGACAUGAUGAGUCUGGGGCGACUUCGAGGCUUUGAGGGCAAGCUGACCACCCAGGGGAAGCUCCUGGGUCAGGACACAUUCUGGGUUACUGAACCAGAAGCAGGGGGGCUGCUCCCUGCCCGGGGUCGAGAGAGACGUGUCUUCCUCUUUGAGCAAAUCAUCAUCUUCAGCGAGGCCCUAGGGGGAGGGGUUAAGGGUGGGACACAACCUGGAUACGUCUAUAAGAACAGCAUCAAGGUCAGCUGUCUGGGCCUGGAGAAGAACACUCAGGGGGAUCCCUGCCGAUUCAUCUUGACUUCAAGAGGACCAGAGGGUGGUGUCCAGCGCUACAUUCUACAGGCUUCAGAUCCAACAAUCAGUGAGGCCUGGACUCAGCAUAUAGCCCAGAUGCUGGAAAGUCAGAGGAACUUCCUUAAUGACAGCAGAGAUUCCAGGGAAGGGGCCCAGUAUGACUGCCAUUCCAUCUUCCUUGUUCCUCUCCCUAUCCCAGCACUGCAGUCACCGAUUGAAUACCAGCGACGGGAGAGCCAGACUAACAGCUUGGGAAGGAUAGGAGGGUCUGUGGGGGGAAGCCCUGGACGAUCCCGGCUUGGGGACCGAGUCCCAGUCAGCACACAUACACCCAUCAAUGGCUCCCUUCCUUCCCUGUUGCUGCCCCCAGUGGGGGUGGCUGAAUGCCCCCUGCCUCAGAAUAAACAGGCCCCUCCUGCACCUGAAGACCCUAUCUGCCAGGCACGGCUGGCCAAGCUGGAUGAAGAUGAGCUAUGACUGGUGACCUCUCACCUUUUGGGGAUAGGUAGCUUGCCAUUGAGUUUGUGAUGGAUGAGGCCCCUCUCUUGGGCACUGUCUUUGAAUUAAUUCUUCUCCUCAGUCCUCAGCUGAAUGGAAAGGGCUGGGCUGGGGGUGGGUGAAACUGAUGGGAAUGGUGUCAAGUUUAAGAAAGAUUUCUAGUACAUAAAGAUUGUUUCUCUACUCUGGGGAUACAGAUUCCCUUCGCUUUCCUCCAUCUGUAAUGUAUCACUCAAGCAAGCCCCAAGAAAGGAAGAAGUA